AUGCACUCCACAUUCUUGCGCAUGCACUCAUUGCACUUCACCAGAUCCAAAGUAUCUGCAUUUGAGUUUUACCACUGCAUUGCAUGUUGGAGUGACAACACAGGUUGUGGGCAUGAUCCAGCUGGAGUUGAUGCUACUCAAGAAGGAGAACUUGUUGUUCUGUGCCCUGCUUGCCCUCACCCUGGCAAGAAUAUGGCUGAGACAUUAGAGGAUGUCUCACCAGGAAACCAAUGGAUCUACUCACUAUUUCUAGCUAUUGAUGCCAACUUUCACCUGAAAUGCCAUCUGGUAUCCAGUAAUGACAGGGACCCUGGAUUGAGCCAAGGAUGGGGUUACUUUGUUGAAGAAAGGAACUACAAGGCAUACCUUCAAGAGAAUGCAACUCUGACACAAGAGAAAAGUACCUGUGUUAGUCAUAAUGCCAUCAGUAUGGCUGAUACAAAAGCUUCCAAGGGACUUGUGGCAACAGGUAUUGGCACUGUGGUUUGUGCAAGGCAUGACAUGCAGUUAGCAAAUGGUGUCAGGGAUCUACAGAAAGGUGAAAAAUACUUGAAUAUGGACUAUAUUGUCUUCUCCACGCUUUCAUGCUUUUCAUCAAUCCCAUCCAUCAAUUUCUCCUGCAACAUUGCAUUGUUGACUACUCUUCCCUUACAGCCUCAUCCCAGUAGCAUCCAACAAUACAGGUUUUUUGUUCCGAAAUUCCAUCUUGCAGCACAUAUUGCAGCCAGUCAAGCAGUUUUUUUGUUCAAUUGGUCUCCUCAUGUUGGAAGAACUGACAGGGAAGCACCAGAGCGUGGUUGGGCUGACAUUAAUCAUGUUGCUGCAAGCAUGAAGGAAAUGGCACCUGGCAUGUGUCAAGAUGUCUUAGAUGACCAUUUUGGGGAUUGGAACUGGAAAAAAGUAACAGGGCUUGGUAAGUCUUGA